GAAGCUUCAAGCCAGGGAGUGAAAUCCGGACAGGUUGUUAUAGCUACGCAAUCCACAGGGGUUCCGAUGUCUAUUUAAAACCCCUCAGACCCUCCCUCUCUCCUUUAAACAACAUUAUAUAUCACACACACUGCAUGCUAAUGCGACCAAUUCUCAAUGAGCACUAAAACACAUCUUAAAAUUAGCUCAUUCUGCUGUCUGAGUUCAAACUGCCUGACAAGGCAACAGAGGGAACAUAUCAUCAGAAUUCCCCCUUUGGCAAUACCUGCUGAUUGGGUCCUAAAAAAAAAAAGCAAGCAGCUUUUAACUUUUAAUAUUUGGCUCCCGACUCCUGCCACGAGUAGUCGCGAAAGAUAGAUUCUCCCUCAAUUGUUUUCUUUUUUUCUUUUCUCUUAUUUUUUGUGGGAUAGAAAUAAAAAGAAAAAUCAUCAGCGCAGAAUCGGGUUUUGUUCCUUCUUGCUCUUGAGUUAAAAUCUCAGUGCGCGUAAUGAGCGCGCAUGCUGGCUUUCUACUGGAGAAGUUUUGUGAAACUUUAAGGAUGAUAUACCUUGGAUGUUUCCUGUUGCUCUGUGGGCUUACGCAUGUCAUGGCAAGUUAUCCCAUCUGGUGGUCACUAGCAGUGGGCCACCAGUACUCAUCGUUGGGCACUCAACCUAUCCUCUGUGGCAGCAUCCCGGGUCUGGUGCCCAAGCAGCUGCGUUUCUGCCGGAACUACGUGGAAAUUAUGCCCAGUGUGGCUGAGGGGGUGAAGAUUGGCAUACAGGAGUGCCAGCACCAGUUCAGAGGCCGACGCUGGAACUGUACCACGGUCAACGACAAUCUGGCUAUUUUUGGGCCAGUGUUAGAUAAAGCAACUCGAGAGUCAGCAUUUGUUCAUGCUAUCGCCUCGGCGGGAGUGGCAUUUGCAGUGACCCGUGCCUGUGCUGAGGGUUCAGCCACCAUAUGCGGAUGCGACACACGCCACAAGGGCCCCCCUGGUGAGGGAUGGAAAUGGGGUGGUUGCAGCGAGGACGUGGAGUUUGGGAGCAUGGUGUCCCGAGAGUUUGCUGAUGCAAGAGAGAAUCGGCCUGAUGCACGCUCAGCCAUGAACCGCCAUAACAAUGAGGCAGGAAGAAUGUCACUCAAUGACAACAUGUUCCUGAAGUGUAAGUGCCAUGGGCUCUCGGGCAGCUGCGAGGUCAAGACAUGCUGGUGGUCUCAGCCUGACUUUAGAGUCAUUGGUGACUACAUGAAGGAUAAGUAUGACAGCGCAUCAGAAAUGGUGGUGGAGAAGCAUAAGGAGUCCCGUGGAUGGGUGGAGACCCUGAGACCCAAGUACAACUACUUCAAACCCCCGACAGAGCGUGACCUGGUUUAUUAUGAAAGCUCACCCAAUUUCUGCGACCCCAACCCUGAGACCGGCUCCUUUGGCACCCGUGAUCGUGUCUGCAACCUGACGUCCCAUGGCAUAGACGGGUGCGACCUCCUCUGCUGCGGCCGAGGUCACAAUACCAGGACUGAGAAGAGAAAGGAGAAAUGCCACUGCAUUUUCCACUGGUGCUGCUAUGUCAGCUGUCAGGAGUGUGUGAGAGUCUACGAUGUACACACCUGCAAAUAAAGACGUCUGGUUAUCGCCUUUUCUCACCAAAAUUUUAAAAUCUUCAGUAGGCAGAAGAACAAAUGCAGCUUAUCUACAAGACAUGAGAGACUGUGAAGCUGUCUGAUCUGUUUAUGGAUACCAGUGGCAGACAAAACAGCCUUGUGUUGUUGUGCUGUGAUGCUAAAAAGAGCCAGUCUCUGCCUCAAUCAGCUGAAACAGUUAAGUAGAUGUUGACAUCACAAAAGCAUCAUCCAUAUGAACUGUGAUGAUGGCGAUGAUGACAACAAUGUUGAUAUCUCUAGCGAUGAUGAAAGAGUUUUCAUGUACUGACGUAGGAAAAGGAGAACUGUCGGCUAAUUGACAAACACCAUAUUGGUGAUUUUUUUUUUUUUUUGCUUUUAUGUGUUCCAUGUAGUUACUUUUGUUGAGAAUAGUACAGCACUGCCAAUGCUUUCAAGUCUGCGGGGCAAACAAUGAAAAUGUCACAUUUUCACCAAUGUUUAACCAUCAUUUGUUUUUGCCACAAGAAGCAAUUGACACGAUCAGACACUCAACAGCAUGCAUUCUCCUCAACAUUAAGUAUGUAUGUGUAUAUCUGAAAACUAACAUUAUUGUCGUGUGAAUGUGUUUUUUUUGUUGUUGUUUUUUUAUAGUGUUAAUAUGUUACUGAUGUUUGGGUAAGAAUGCACUUGCACCUGAGUGAAUGUAGUUAUUAUGCUGCAAUGUGUUUACAUAUUCUCAAAUUCUUAAGCUAACGAGUUAAUAUGUGCUUUAAAUGACUAAGAGAGUAGACACGAGCCACAUCAACUGAACAUCGGCAAAACAAGAAUAUAUACGGCCUGCACGUUUCCUGAAACACCUGAAAACACUGGACGCUUUUUCUUAGGAGUAACAAUGCUUUGAACAACAUCCAGUUAUGACCAAAGACAAGAAAAGAAAACCUACUGUAAGUCUGUGGUGGUCAGAGAGAGCUGUAAACGAAUCUGAAACGUCAGCACUUGUGUCCCGUUGAGAAAUAUGAAGCAUGUUCUCCUUGUUUUUAUCAGUAUUAGCAGUGUCUCAUGUGACCGGUUGUGGGGAAAACUGUUAUUUAUGAAAGGGGUAUUCCCACUAUAUUUUUGUUUCAUUUACACAUAUGAUAUUCUUUUAUUUUGAUAUUUGAUGAAAUAGAGGUAAAUUCUGUACUCCCCGGUAAAAUAAAACACAAAUCGCAAACUAAGCUGUAUCAUAUAAGCUCUGUGUAAUGCAGUAAAAUUUGCAGUUUUAGUAAAAUGAUGACCAAAACCUGUGCAUGUGAUGACUCUCAGCUGUGGCUUCUUGUUCCCCAAACUAAACAACAAGCAGCAUCACUGAAACUAUCAAUACUUCCCUUUUUUAAUGCUGCUAAGUAAAGAUAAUAUUUGUAUGUAUGUGUAUGUGUGUGUGCAUGUUUGUGUGUGUUUAGGUCCUUACAUACAGUAUGUCUUUGUCAAUUUGUGUUAUUUGUAUAUUCUUGCAUGUAUUGAUUCUUUCUGUGAAAGAAAUCUAUUAUAUAUAGUUUGGAAAAAAUGUGAAGUUUUGACUAAUUCUUCCAUACAGUAAUUCCCAUUUUAACCAAAUAGACCAAAAUAGAGUUUAUGUUAUUUUAGUUGGUUUUGUAGUCAUGCUAAACAUCAGGGCAAAAAUGAUUCACAUUGCUCUCCCUUAAUUUGAGAAGAAAUACAACACAGUAUUUAUUUAUUUGGAAAGUGAAAAACUACUGAAAGCUGAGACAAGACGUCUAAACAAGAAACAUAAUGUUUAUGAAAAAAUGUGCGCACCAUUUCACCGAUAGCCUCGACUAUGGAGAGAUGAGUCACUGGUGAAUUAUUGUUUACAGCCAUUGUAAUGCUAUGUCUCAGGCAUGUAUAGUUCUCAGAUUUCAAUCAAAAUUGCCCACCUAUGAUUACUUUUCAUCCUGACUGAAAAUAUUAAUGAGCAGCCAUAACCAGUUUCACAUUUUAAGUCAUCUUUAAUAAACUACACAGCAAUCAUUAUCAGUACAAGAUCUGUCAUCUCGCAUUCAUUACUGUACAUUUUACAUGUGAUUUUUGCUUGUGUGGACAAUUUGCUAAUUUUUUUUGUUAAAUCCAAAGUUUUGUACAAACUAGUUUUUUGUGUUUUUAUGGAUUUCUAAAAGUUGAUGUUUUUUUAUAAUUAUUUAUUUCAUGCUAUGUACAUAUUAGUAAGUAAAAGUAUAUAUUUGCAGAAAUACAUUUUUUAAACAGUGUUGUGACUUGUAACACUGUAGCCUUUUUACCUCAUCUCUGUUUUUUCACUGACUGCACACAGGUACCGUUUGUCUUACUGCCUGUAGUAGAUUUCUAAAGUUAACUCUGUAACACCAAAAUAAAGCAUCAUAAA